GUCAGUUUUCUAAGUCGGAGCCAUGGCGACAACAGCUCAGUAUAUUCCGCGGAAUAACUCAUUGCCUUCGAACCCGCUAAUGCAUCCGGAUUCGGACAGGAUGCACCAGGGGACAACUUACAGAGAGGUGCAGAAAAUGAUGCACCACGAGUACUUACAAGGGCUAGCGACCAACACGGGACAUCCGAUGAGCCUGACGCACCACCAGUGGCUGCCAACCUCCAACACCGACUGGACCAGCGGCACCCACAUCGGACAACCGGAGCACAACAAAGCCAGCGUGCAGAGCAGAGAGGACCUGGGGAACGGCUAUCACAGAUCGCAUCUGGUCCACCAGGCGACGCAAAACAGCCACCAUGGAUCAUGGGCACCGACCACAACGCACCACCUGUCCCCACUUUCUCCUGCCUCUAACAGUCACCAGUCGCUGGUGUACUCUCAGACGGGCUACACCAUGUUAAGCCCACAGCCUUCGCUGCACCACGGUUUGCGGGACCCGCUCCACGACGACGCGGGUAGCCAUGACAACCAGAUGGAGUCUCCUCAGCAGCCGUUCAGCCACCACCAGGACCACUCGGACGAAGACGCUCCCAGCUCCGACGACCUCGAGCAGUUCGCCAAGCAGUUCAAACAGAGGCGCAUCAAACUUGGUUUUACGCAGGCGGACGUGGGCUUAGCGCUGGGCACCCUGUACGGAAACGUCUUUUCCCAGACCACCAUCUGUAGGUUUGAGGCUCUUCAACUCAGUUUCAAGAACAUGUGCAAACUUAAACCCCUGCUUAACAAGUGGCUCGAGGAGACAGAUUCAAACACCGGCAGCCCCACAAAUUUGGACAAGAUUGCAGCACAGGGACGGAAACGAAAGAAGAGGACGUCCAUCGAAGUAGGAGUGAAAGGGGCUUUGGAAAAUCAUUUCUUAAAGUGCCCCAAGCCGUCCGCCCACGAAAUCACCGCCUUAGCUGGCACUCUGCAGCUGGAAAAAGAGGUCGUGCGUGUAUGGUUUUGCAACAGAAGACAGAAAGAGAAAAGAAUGACGCCCUUGGGGGUCCCUCACCCGACCAUGGAGGACGUAUACUCACAGGCAGAGACACCCCCUCUUCAUCACACAUUACAGAGUCCUGUCCAGUGACUGCUUUUAUCAUAAACAGUGUCGUUGUUUGAAAAGAAAUUAGGCUGAUAAGCGGACAAUGGAUUUUGUUUAUCCCUUUUGUUAUCCCAAGAGAUCAUAGACAGAAAGUUUGGGAAGAGUUCGUUCACAGGGACCGGAGAUGCGACCACCGCAUACUAUAGGACGCCAAUAAUUCUGAAUAACAUGAAAAUGCAUUCAUUUUACAGAGUCAGCUGCAUUUAUGAAAUCAGUAGGCCUACACGUGUUUACGAAAAUCUUAUCAUUUGUGCCAUUCUGGAAAAAAGCGAUUAUUUCACCGGCGAUCAAAGGGAGCUAUACGCCACAAAAGGGCCGUGGUUUCCCGGGAUGGGUUCGCCCGUCUUGCUGUUGGUAUCAUGUAAAGCAACAAAGGAGAGUGGACAGUGAUUUUAUUAAAGCGAUUAACCAGAUUAAUUGUUACAAUGUGAUGUGUCUGAUAUUAUUUGUGACGUUUACUUUAUUUCGGAUAUUUUAACGUUAAGAGCUCUCAUUAAGAGCAAAACGUUUUUUUCUGUCUAAGGACUUUUUGAUUUUAAUUUCAAGUAAUGAGACAGUUGAAAUUCCUAUCGAAAGAACAGGCACUUGGUCAAAACCUCCAUACAAACAAGUGCACCAGAAAAUGUUUACAAUGAUCACUUCUGAGCACCUGAUAUCGUCUAAAGAUGUAAUGACGUUAAAAUGUGGAAUACACUGUCUGAAUUAAUAUUUAGUCGUUUUUGGGUUUAUAGUUUCUUCCCUCUUUGCAUGAGGCACUUAUUAUUGCGUUAAUACUGUUAUUUUCUUUCUUUUCAUGUUUAUUAUAACGUAUUUGUUCGAGGUACGCCAUCAAUGCUUACUUGUUUUAACUUUUCCAAUUUCGUCUUAUUUUGAAUCGGCACUAUUCCAGCAAGUCUGUUCCGGCGCUUAAUCUAAUGAGAGUAAUGAGUCAAAAACGAAAAAGACAGAAAUAUCUCAGGUAAUUAUUUUCAGUGCCCAAAUAUCGUGCUGUACUCUACUUCUUGAAUAUUGGCCAAUUCAUGACACUCUCUAUGUCAGCUGUGCAAGUUGGUGAUUACAUUUUGCAUCCUCCUCAUGAGCCUGGACACAGACAAAAGUAGACAUGGUAGUGAAUAAAGGAUGUAUUUGGGACUUUCCAAGACUGGGGUAAAAAAGGAGGCUGAUACCGUUCUUGUUUCGUGUUGUUUCUCAAGGUCUGGCAUUUUUCAUUGGACAGCAGGUGUUCAUUUCUGCAAUGUUAUUUGAAACAGUGUGAAUAUACAACCUUUUUCCAAAAAAGUAAUAAAAAUAAAAAUAAAUACAAGAGAAAAGAUUUUAAAUAAAUAGUUGUCAGGAUUAUUUCCAAUAUGUAAAUAUGUCGAAUAUGUAAACAUAUGUAUUUGUUCUGGGUUCGUUUUGUUAUGUUUCGUUUUGUUUUCCGGGCAGUUUUGUACACUUACUAAUUCCAAGAAGAUAUUUUAAUAUUUCGUUUAUGACCAUUUAUAUAUCUAUAUAUUUAUUUCCUAAGUGUGUUUGGAGCUUUUUUGUUCGGCUCUGUUGAUUAUGUUGCAGUGGAUUACAAAUGUUUUGUUUACUACAUUGGUUGUAUGUUUAUUGCGAAAUGUAGACUGCAAAGUCACGUUUAUAUUUAUGUUAUAGUAAUAUUUUAUUACUUACAUAAAACAUAUAUACAAGAAAA